AUGGUUUCACGUAAGAAUCUGUUCAUGCAGUUGCUUCGAUCUGAUGUAAUUUACUGGUUUCCAGCUUGUAUAUUGUUGGGAGCGGCUUUCGAACUUUUUAAGACAAAGUUCACAUUUAUGGGUGUGAAUUAUUAUACAGUAUUCAAAAAAAAACAAAUGUUGCAACAAUUAGAUGAUUUUGAAAACUGGCUCAAACAAAUGGAUGAAUUGUCGUCUCAAGCAGUGCAGUCACAGCUUGAAGCAAGAAAGCUAAACUCUUCAAAGCAGUCAUAG